UCAGAACAAUAUGUUUUCUGGAACUGUCCCCCCUGAGCUUGGAGGCUUGGUUAACCUGGAGAAUCUAACUCUCAGUGCCAAUUAUCUCACUGGAGAGUUACCCCAGGCUCUCACUAAUCUUACCGGAUUGAAGGAACUAAGGCUUAGCAGCAAUAACUUCACUGGAGGAAUACCUGAUUUUAUUCAGAGCUGGAAACAACUUGAUAUAUUAGAGAUCCAAGCUGGUGGUUUCACUGGACCCAUUCCUUCAAGCGUAUCUCUCUUGACUAAUCUAACUGAUCUAAAAAUAAGUAACUUACUUGGAGAUGGUUCAGAGUUUCCCAACCUAGAAUCUAUAGCAGGCAUUAAGUAUCUGGAUCUCAGUUUCAACAGAUUAAAUGGUUCACUUCCAACAAAUUAUGAUGGCCUAAAAAGCUUGGAGAAAAUCGAAAUCGAUCUUUCUUACAACAAUUGUACUUCGGAAGCAAAAUGUAGAGAAACACUGAAACCUGUUGAGUGCCUGAGUGCUUGUUCUGAAGAGCGAUAUUCAGUGCACAUAAAUUGUGGGGGACCAGAAGCCACCAUUGGAAACACCAUCUACGAAGCAGAUAAUGAGCCAGGAGGUGCAGCAAAAUAUGCGUCCAAAAGAGAGGAUUGGCAAACAAGUACCACAGGACAUAUCUGGGAUGUUCCUGCUUCCUUGGAUAACUACAUAGCACAAAACAAGUCCAUGCUCAGAAUGGACAACUCUGUAUUGUACACAAAUGCACGCCUCACUCCUUUGUCUCUCACAUACCACGUUCCCUGUCUGGUAAAUGGGAAUUACAAAAUCAAGCUGCACUUUGCAGAGAUAGUAAUCAGGGAUAACAGAUCCUACUACAGUCUAGGAAGACGGAUAUUUGAUGUUUAUAUUCAGGACAUUGUUGUGCUGAAGGAUUUUGAUAUAGUGAAGGAAGCGGGAGGGGUGGAUAAGGUAUACAUUCAUAAUUAUACAGCACCUGUAACCAAUGGAGCUUUAGAGAUCCGCCUUCAUUGGGCUGGGAAAGGAACCACAACGUCUCCCAAAAAAGGAAUAUAUGGUCCUCUAAUAUCAGCCAUUGAUGUGGAAUCUGACUUCAAGCCACCUGAUAAAGGCAGGAGGAAGAGAUUCAUUGUCGCUGGAGUUGUGGUUUUGCCAUUAUUCCUCAUUCUCAUAUUUCUAUCCACUCUUUGGUGGAAAGGUCAUUUGGGAGGAAGGAAAUCGAGGGAUCGAGGUACAGAACUUGUUGGGUUAGAUCUGCUAACUGGUAUCUUCACCUUCAGACAAAUCAAAGCGGCAACGAAUGACUUUGAUCCAGCAAACAAACUUGGAGAAGGUGGUUUUGGCUGCGUGUACAAGGGAGUACUAUCAGAUGGCACUCGGAUUGCGGUUAAGCAGCUUUCAGCGAAAUCAAAACAGGGGAAUCGUGAGUUUGUGAACGAAAUAGGCAUGAUUUCUGCUUUGCAACACCCAAAUCUUGUUAGAUUGUAUGGAUGUUGCAUUGAGGGGAAGCAAUUGUUGCUGGUAUAUGAAUACAUGGAAAACAAUAGCCUUGCGCAUGUUUUGUUCGGCAAAAAGGAGGGCCAAUUAAAUCUAGACUGGCCUACAAGGCAGAAGAUUUGUGUUGAUAUAGCAAAAGGUCUAGCUUUCCUGCAUGAGGAGUCCACACUCAAAAUUGUUCAUAGAGACAUAAAAACUACCAAUGUUCUCCUUGACGGGAACAUGAAUGCCAAAAUAUCUGAUUUUGGCAUGGCAAAGCUUGACGAGGAGGACAACACCCAUAUCUCCACCAGAGUUGCUGGAACAAUGGGAUACAUGGCACCAGAAUAUGCUUUAUAUGGUCGCUUGACCUACAAGGCACAUGUUUACAGUUUUGGUAUUGUCGCACUGGAAAUUGUUGCUGGGAUGAGCAACAUGAGCUUCCAACAUAAUGAAAGUUUCGUAUGCCUCCAAGAUUGGGCGCUGAGUUUACUGCAAAAUGGAGACAUAAUGGAGCUUGUUGAUCCAAGAUUAGGGUCUGACUUCAAGAAGAAAGAAGCAGCUAGGAUGAUUAAAAUAGCACUGCUAUGCACAAACCAAUCUCCCGCACUUAGACCUACAAUGUCUGCCGUGGUAAGAAUGCUUGAAGGAAAGGGUGAUGUUCAGGAAUUAGUCGUGGAUCCAAGUACAUUUGGCGAUUCAUUGAGGUUUAAGAGUUUCCAAGGCUACUCUGAUCAAUCUUCAGUCCUGAGUAUCGACGAAACUCAGUCCCUCGUGCGUUCAUCAGAUAGAACAUGGGAUGGUCCUUCAUCUUCAUCAGCCCAGGAUCUGUAUCGUGAUCAUUAAUAAUGAUCCUAACAUGUACGGAUGCCCA